AUGUCUGAUGGCUUUGGCAGUGCUGCUUUAACUCAGAAGGCAGUCAACACGAUCAUCUCAGACCCAGCAGUGUAUGCCUUGCCUUGCUCUCUGACAGGGAUGCUAAUUGCAGCGAUUCUUCACUCUCAAUGUUUCCAUUACUCAAUGAAGCCAGACAACUGCCAUUAUCCCAGGCUCUCAAACACAAUUUACUGCGUGUGUGUGUGUGUGUGUGUGUGUGUGUGUGUGUGUGUGUGUGUGUGUGUGUGUGUGUGUGUGUGUGUGUGUGUGUGUGUGUGUGUGUGUGUGUGUGUGUGUGUCUCAGUGGUCACAGCCAGGAGGUUGUAUCAUGUCACUGAAGGAUUGUGAAAAGGGGGCCUACAGGUACUGUAUAUAUGGGCAUGAAUGUGGUUUUCCUCUGCGUGUGGGUCGGGAUGAUGGGAAAAGGAGAACGCUGGGUUAAGCACUAAAACGGAGAAACUGAAGUGGAAGAGGAACCUGCGAUGGACUGGCUUUGUGUGAUGAUAUGAGGACUGACCGACAAACUGGAAAAUAGCUCUGCCGUUUUGUAAAUGAACGCACAACUUGUCCUGGGUUUUCACUCUGAAAACAUUUUCUCUCACAAAGGCCAUACAUUGUCUGCUACCACUCACUCACUCACACACGUGAGCCUGCAUGUACGCGCACACACCACUCACUCAUUCACAGAUUUCUCCAUGUUUCCCCUCCUCUCUCUCUCUCACUCAAUCACUCACUCACUCUGCCAUCUCCAUGUUUUAUCCUGUGAGGAGGCAGGAUUAGGAGCCAGGCAGGCUGUGGCCUAUGGAAGGCCAGAUUACCAUCAGUGCAGUAAGAAUUCAGGCCUUAUCUCUGCCUCACAUAACAUAAUCUUAGUUGCAGGAACAAAUGCUUUGACAGUCACACUUGCCUUGCUUCACAUUUAUUAAGAAAAUUACAUUCCAGUCUGCUCUGGAUAUUCUCUCUCCCUCUCCUCUCGCUCUCUGUGAGUGGAGAUUAGUGGAGCUGGGGGUCCAAUUGUUUGGUGAUUUAGAGAAGAACGACCUCGGCCAUGAUGUUUGAUGUUUUGGGUAGGGAACUGUUUCUGUUUGUUCAUAAUCAAAGCUAUUCUCCUGGCUCUGAGAGGGAAAGGCUGGCAGCCCUCUCAUCUUCGCUUUGAUGAUAAGGUUCGUCCUGUCUGAGCAAGAGGGCUGGAGUUGUGGGGAGAAGAACAUAAUUAUUUCUGAUGUAUGACUGUUCAUGAAAACAUGACAAUAUGAAUUUGUCAAUCAAUAAACAAAAUGUCUUAAUAUAAAGUGGUAAGUGUAUGUUACAUAAUCUGGUCUUUUUUGUGCUGGGCCUAAUUGCAGGUAGGAGCAGUAAUGUAGGAUGCCUAGUUUCUAUUGUAAGAGAGUAUGAAGCCCUUUCUUCCUUAUGUUCACUGUAGGACGGAAUUCAUCACUAAGCUUGUGUUUCCACUGUAGGAACUACUGAGCGGGGGGGGGGGGGGGGGGGUUGUAUAUGUCUCUGCCUCUGGUUACAUUUUGUUCCUCCUUGUUUACGAAUCAGUCAUCUGCCGGAACAGCCAUGUUUCUUGGAAUGAUGGUGGGAUGAGGAGGGAGGGGGACUGAUGGAUUGGGGAGAGUUUCCAGGGAUCGUCUCGGCUUCUCUUCCCCCAUUCUCUUCUGUCACACACAAAAAAUGCAGCUGUUCCAUUUAGCUGUCCACAGACACAAAACUUCAAGAGGCUGCUUUCGGAGCUCAAGUCUGAUCUUGCCCUAGCAGAGCUAACACAUGCACGAGUGCACGCACGAUACAACCAGGAGUGUAAUAAGAGCGCUUCCAGUAAACACUGAUUAGCUGAGUGCUGUGCCCUUGAAAAAGCUCUCUUUAGGAGCUCUUUACCACCCCCAAGACACACACAUCACACACACACAUAACCACAUCACUCAUCCUGCUCCUCUAACCUUGUAGACACACACACACAGACCCACUGGCAGAAGCGAGGGGCUGUUGGCCGGCUUCUAGCCCCCUUAGGGUUCCCUUAGAGCUGCUAUCCUGCCUGUUAAAGUCCCUCUCCUGUCCUCGCUGGUCGGUAGUGAAACCUCCCAGCCUGGGGUGUGUACAUACUUUUUGGUAAUGUAGUGUAUGUGGACACCUGCUCAUCGAACAUCUCAUUCCGAAAUCAUGGACAUUAAUAUGGAGUUGGUCUCCCCUUUGCUGCUAUAACAGCCUCCACUCUUCUGGGAAUGAUUUCCACUAGAUGUUGGAACAUUGCUGUGGGGACUUGCUUCCAUUCAGACAAGAGCAUUAGUGAGGUCGGGCACUGAUGUUGGGCGAUUAGGCCUGGCUCGCAGUCGGCAUUCCAAUUCAUCCCAAAGGUGAUUGAUGGAGUUGAGGUCAGGGCUCUGUGCAUGCCAGUCAAGUUCUUCCACACCGAUCUCAACAAACUAUUUCUGUAUGGACCUCGCUUUGUGCACGGGGGCAUUGUCAUUCUGAAACUGGAAAGGGCCUUCCCCAAACUGUUGCAACAAAGUUGGAAGCACAGAAUCAUCUACAGUGAGGGAAAAAAGUAUUUGAUCCCCUGCUGAUUCUGUACGUUUGCCCACUGACAAAGAAAUGAUCAGUCUAAUUUUAAUGGUAGGUUUAUUUGAACAGUGAGAGACAGAAUAACAAAACAAAAAUCCAGAAAAACGCAUGUCAAAAAUGUUAUAAAUUGAUUUGCAUUUUAAUGAGGGAAAUAAGUAUUUGACCCCCUCUCAAUCAGAAAGAUUUCUGGCUCCCAGGUGUCCUUUUAUACAGGUAACGAGCUGAGAUUAGGAGCACACUCUUAAAGGGAGUGCUCCUAAUCUCAGUUUGUUACCUGUAUAAAAGACACCUGUCCACAGAAGCAAUCAAUCAAUCAGAUUCCAAAUUCUCCACCAUGGCCAAGACCAAAGAGCUCUCCAAGGAUGUCAGGGACAAGAUUGUAGACCUACACAAGGCUGGAAUGGGCUACAAGACCAUCGCCAAGCAGCUUGGUGAGAACUUUACAACAGUUGGUGGGAUUAUUCGCAAAUGGAAGAAACACAAAAUAACUGUCAAUCUCCCUCGGCCUGGGGCUCCAUGCAAGAUCUCACCUCGUGGAGUUGCAAUGAUCAUGAGAACGGUGAGGAAUCAGCUCAGAACUACACGGGAGGAUCUUGUCAAUGAUUUCAAGGCAGCUGGGACCAUAGUCACCAAGAAAACAAUUGGUAACACACUACGCCGUGAAGGACUGACAUCCUGCAGCGCCCGCAAGGUCCCCCUGCUCAAGAAAGCACAUAUACAUGCCCGUCUGAAGUUUGCCAAUGACCAUGUGAAUGAUUCAGAGGAGAACUGGGUGAAAGUGUUGUGGUCAGAUGAGACCAAAAUGGAGCUCUUUGGCAUCAACUCAACUCGCCGUGUUUGGAGGAGGAGGAAUGCUGCCUAUGACCCCAAGAACACCAUCCCCACCGUCAAACAUGGAGGAGGAAACAUUAUGUUUUUCUGCUAAGGGGACAGGACAACCUCACCGCAUCAAAGGGACGAUGGACGGGGCCAUGUACCAUCAAAUCUUGGGUGAGAACCUCCUUCCCUCAGCCAGGCUAUUGAAAAUGGGUCGUGGAUGGAUAUUCCAGCAUGACAAUGACCCAAAACACACGGCCAAGGCAACAAAGGAGUGGUUCAAGAAGAAGCACAUUAAGGUCCUGGAGUGGCCUAGCCAGUCUCCAGACCUUAAUCCCAUAGAAAAUCUGAGGAGGGAGCUGAAGGUUCGAGUUGCCAAACGUCAGCCUCGAAACCUUAAUGACUUGGAGAAGAUCUGCAAAGAGGAGUGGGCCAAAAUCCCUCCUGAGAUGUGUGCAAACCUGGUGGCCAACUACAAGAAACGUCUGACCUCUGUGAUUGCCAACAAGGGUUUUGCCACCAAGUACUAAGUCAUGUUUUGCAGAGGGGUCAAAUACUUAUUUCCCUCAUUAAAAUGCAAAUCAAUUUAUAAAAUUUGUGACGUGUUUUUCUGGAUUUUUUUGUUGUUAUUCUGUCUCUCACUUUUCAAAUAAACCUACCAUUAAAAUUAUAGACCGAUCAUUUCUUUGUCAAUGGGCAAACAUACAAAAUCAGCAGGGGAUCAAAUACUUUUUUCCCUCACUGUAGAAUGUCAUUGAAUGCUGUCGUGUUAAGAUUUCCCUUCACUGGAACUUAGGAGCCUGAACCAUUAUUCCUCCUCCACCAAACUUUACAGUUGGCACUAUGCAUUGGGGCAGGUAACGUUCUCCUGGCAUCCGCCAAACACAGAUUAGUCCGUCGGACUGCCAGAUAGUGAAACCGGAUUCAUUACUCCAGAGAACGCGUUUCCACUGCUCCAGAGUACAAUGGCGGCGAGCUUUAAACCACUCCAGCCGACGCUUGGCAUUGUACAUGGUGAUCUUAGGCUUGUGUGCGGCUGCUCGGCCAUGGAAACCCAUUACAUGAAGCUCUCAACGAAAAGUUAUUGUGCUGACGUUGCUUCCAGGGGCCGUUUGGAACUUGGUAGUGAGUGUUGCAACCGAGGACAGGCGAUUUUUACGCACUACACGUUUCAGCACUCGUGGUCCCGUUCUGUGAGCUUGUGUGUCCUACCACAUUGCGGCUGAGCCGUUGUUGCUCCUAGACGUUUCCAUUUCACAAUAACAGCACUUACAGUUGACCGGGGCAGCUCUAACAGGGCAGAAAUUUGACAAACUAACUUGUUGGAAUGGUGGCAUCCUAUGACGGUGCCACGUUGAAAGUCACUGAGCUCUUCAGUAAGGCCAUUCUACUGCCAAUGUUUGUCUAUGGAGAUUACAUGGGUGUGUGCUCGAUUUUAUACACCUGUCAGCAACGGGUGUGGCUGAAAUAGCCGAAUCCACUAAUUUGAAGGGGUGUCCACAUACUUUUGUGUAUAUAUAGUGUAUGUUCUGUAGUUUGUAGAGUCUAGUCACCCUGGCUAGGCCCCUUCUUCCUACAUGAUCUAGUAAUGUAUACAGCACAACUGUGUUCUUCUUGACCGUUGAACUUGUUUCAGUAACAGCUUGUGAGACAAGCAUGUUUUCCAUUCUUUAUUAGGCUACAUUUUGAGUGUAUUGCUCUGCUGUAGGUUCUUACUGUGCUGGACAGUGGACAGAGUGUCCUACCUGCUAUCCCUGGUCAGUCCUUUGAUAUUAGAUAGAUAGUGUUUUAUUCCAUGGGGUAUAUCUGUCUUGGGCUGCUGGGUCAUCUGUGGUUGGAGCCCCUGCUCUUGUUAUGCAACGCUGGGCUAAGUUGAUUCGUUGGCCUCUGGGUGGUUCCACUGAACUGAAGUGUGUGGGGGUGUGGGAACCGCUACCAAUGACCGACCAGCCAAUCAUACUGUGGGAACACUAUACACAUAGUUACCAACACAUGUAUUUAAGCACGCACUCACACAUACAGUACAUAAACUCACACAAAUACAUUUACGAGCACACGUGUGUAUUACAUCACCACACACCCACACCUUCUCUCUCUCGCUCUCUCACACACACACACACACACACACACAGUGUUGGGUCCUAGACAUGGCAUCUCCUCCAUGGGGCUUGUCUCUCUCUCCCACCCUCUCUCUGGGUCCAUGUUUAUAGUUCUCGGGGUGCCUGUGGGAGGUAGUUAGUGAACAUGGCAAAUGGAGCCGCUGCGAUAUGAAUGGAGAGGGCCUGGAAGGCAGCCAUGCCUGAAUUGAGAGACCCAGACGCUCCACACACACGCUCACAUCUGUCUAAUUAGGCUGUGCUCUCCAGAGAGAGUGGUAUGUUGGCUGAGGACCAGGCCUAGUGUGUCAUUAUGUCCGUGGGAUGACCCUCUGUCCUCCCUCCCAUCCACCCAUCCACUCUGUAUGAGGAGCACAACUGCUCUGUUAUGCUUGGAAAAUAUGAUUUAGGUCAAAUUUGUUCUCACAAAAUCAUCAUGCAUAAUAUAUUACAGUGGGGGAAAAAAGUAUUUAGUCAGCCACCAAUUGUGCAAGUUCUCCCACUUAAAAAGAUGAGAGAGGCCUGCAAUUUUCAUCAUAGGUACACGUCAACUAUGACAGACAAAUUGAGAGAAAAAAAUUCAGAAAAUCACAUUGUAGGAUUUUUAAUGAAUUUAUUUGCAAAUUAUGGUGGAAAACAAGUAUUUGGUCACCUACAAACAAGCAAGAUUUCUGGCUCUCACAGACCUGUAACUUCUUCUUUAAGAGGCUCCUCUGUCCUCCACUCGUUACCUGUAUUAAUGGCACCUGUUUGAACUUGUUAUCAGUAUAAAAGACACCUGUCCACAACCUCAAACAGUCACACUCCAAACUCCACUAUGGCCAAGACCAAAGAGCUGUCAAAGGACACCAGAAACAAAAUUGUAGACCUGCACCAGGCUGGGAAGACUGAAUCUGCAAUAGGUAAGCAGCUUGGUUUGAAUAAAUCAACUGUGGGAGCAAUUAUUAGGAAAUGGAAGACAUACAAGACCACUGAUAAUCUCCCUCGAUCUGGGGCUCCACGCAAGAUCUCACCCUGUGGGGUCAAAAUGAUCACAUGAACGGUGAGCAAAAAUCCCAGAACCACACAGGGGGACCUAGUGAAUGACCUGCAGAGAGCUGGGACCAAAGUAACAAAGCCUACCAUCAGUAACACACUACGCCGCCAGGGACUCAAAUCCUGCAGUGCGAGACGUGUCCCCCUGCUUAAGCCAGUACAUGUCCAGGCCCGUCUGAAGUUUGCUAGAGUGCAUUUGGAUGAUCCAGAAGAGGAUUGGGAGAAUUUCAUAUGGUCAGAUGAAACCAAAUUAGAACUUUUUGGUAAAAACUCAACUCGUCGUGUUUGGAGGACAAAGAAUGCUGAGUUGCAUCCAAAGAACACCAUACCUACUGUGAAGCAUGGGGGUGGAAACAUCAUGCUUUGGGGCUGUUUUUCUGCAAAGGGACCAGGACGACUGAUCCGUGUAAAGGAAAGAAUGAAUGGGGCCAUGUAUCGUGAGAUUUUGAGUGAAAACCUCCUUCCAUCAGCAAGGGCAUUGAAGAUGAAACGUGGCUGGGUCUUUCAGCAUGACAAUGAUCCCAAACACACCGCCCGGGCAACGAAGGAGUGGUUUCGUAAGAAGAAUUUCAAGGUCCUGGAGUGGCCUAGCCAGUCUCCAGAUCUCAACCCCAUAGAAAAUCUUUGGAGGGAGUUGAAAGUCCGUGUUGCCCAGCGACAGCCCCAAAACAUCACUGCUCUAGAGGAGAUCUGCAUGGAGGAAUGGGCCAAAAUACCAGCAACAGUGUGUGAAAACCUUGUGAAGACUUACAGAAAACGUUUGACCUGUGUCAUUGCCAACAAAGGGUAUAUAACAAAGUAUUGAGAAACUUUUGUUAUUGACCAAAUACUUAUUUUCCACCAUAAUUUGCAAAUAAAUUCAUAAAAAAUCCUACAAUGUGAUUUUCAGGAGAGAAAAAAAUCUCAUUUUGUCUGUCAUAGUUGACGUGUACCUAUGAUGAAAAUUACAGGCCUCUCUCAUCUUUUUAAGUGGGAGAACUUGCACAAUUGGUGGCUGACUAAAUACUUGUUUUCCCCACUGUAUAUUGCAUAAUGAAUAUUCAAAAUAUACUCGAAGCAGUUUGAUUAUACAGUGUGUACUCUUUGGCAUUGGAUAUUUUUUUCUAAUAACAAUGUUUAACAGGGUACUAUAAACCAAUGAAUAAUCCCACAGUACAAAGAUAAAGAACUGUCCUUGUUAAACCCCAUGGAAUCUGCUACAAUAUGGAAAGGUGCCAGCAGCACUAACUUGAUCCAGAAAGGAGAGAAUGAACUAACAUAUUUUUUCUGUUUGUUGCCCUGUCUCUGUUUCCAGGACCUAUCCUGCAUCGAUGACCUCUCCAACUCUCUGUUCUCCUCUCCGGCCGACUCUCUGUCAGAGUACGCCGAUGCCCAGGUCUUCAUCCCCACAGACAACCUGGCCCACGUGCCCACGAUAUGGGACAUAAACACACCAGCACCGAGCCAGCUGGAGGUGAGGGGACCUGACUACACACACGCACACAGAGACUCUCUCUCACUUUUUUAUGUCUCAUUCAUACACACUCACACACAGAAAUAAACACGUCAGAAAACACACACAUGACGUUUUCUUUUUCUCACACAAAACAACGAAACAUGCAGCAGUGCCUUCAUAAAGUACUCAUACCCCUUGACGUAUUCCUCAUUUAGUUGUUACAGCCUGAAUUCACAAUGGAUUCAAUAUAAUUCUUUUUCUCACCCAUUUACGCACAAUACCCCAUAAUCCUCUGUAGCUCAGCUGGUAGAGCACAGCGCUUGUAAUGCCAGGGUAGUGGGUUCGAUCCCCGGGACCACCCAUACACAAAAAAAUUAAAAUAAUGUAUGCACGCAUAACUGUAAGUCACUUUGGAUAAAAGCGUCUGCUAAAUGGCAUAUUUUUGUAAAUGUAUUGAAAAUGAAAUACAGAAAUAUCUAAUUUACAUAAGUAUUCACACCCCUGAGUCAAUACUUUGUACAAGCACCUUUGGCAGAGAUUACUGCUGUGAGUCUUUCUGGGUAAGUCUCUAAGAACUUUCCACACCUGGAUUGUGCAACAUUUACCCAUUUUUAUUAUUUUCAAAAUUCUUCAAGCUCUAGCAAAUUGGUUGUUGAUCAUUGCAAGUCAACCAUUUUCAGGUCUUGCCAUAGAUUUUAAAGUAGAUUUAAGUCAAAACUGUAGCUCGGCCAGCUCAGAACGUUCACUGUCUACUUGGUAAGCAACUCCAGUGUAGAUUUGGCCUUGUGUUUGAGGUUAUUGUCCUGCUGAAAGGUGAAUUCAUCUCCCAGUGUCUGGUGGGAAGCAGACUGAACCAGGUUUUCCUCUAGGAUUUUGCCUAUGCUUAGCUCCAUUGCAUUAAUUGCUUUGCCAUAUUUUUUUGUGGCAUUACUUUAGUACCUUGUUACAAACAGGAUGCAUUUUGGGGAAUUCUGUACAGGCUUCCUUCUUUUUACUUAGGUUAGAUUGUGGAGUAACUACAAUGUUGUUGAUCCAUCCUUCUAUCACAGCCGUUUAACUCUUAACUGUUUUAAAAUCACCAUUGGUCUCAUGGUGAAAUCCCUGAGCGGCUUCCUUCCUCUCCGGCAACUGAGUUAGGAAGGACACCUGUGGCUUUGUAGUGACUGGGUGUAUUGAUACACGAUCCAAAUUGUAAUUCAUAACUUCACCAUACUCAAAGGGAUAUUCAGUGUCUACUUUUACAUUUUUUUACCCAUCUACCAAUAGGUGCCCUUCUUUGCAAGGCAUUGGAAAACCUCCCUGGUCUUUGUGCUUGAAUCUGUGUUUGAAAUUCACUGCUCGACUGAGGGACCUUACAGAUAAUUGUAUGUGUGGGGUACAGAGAUGAGGUAGUCAUUUAAAAUCAUGUUAAACAUGCCAUUUAUUAUAGGACUUCUUAAGCAAAUGUUUACACCUUAUUUAGACUUGCCAUAAUAAAAAAGUUGAUUACUUAUUGACUCAAGACAUUUCAGCUUUUAAUUUUUUUAUUAAUUUGUAAACAUUUAACAAAAACAAUUCCACUUUGACAAUAUGGGAUAUUAUGUGUAGGCCAGUGACCAAAAAUCUCAAUUUAAUCAAUUUUAAAUUCAGGCUGUAGCACAACAAAUUGUGGAAAAAGUCAAGGGGUGUGAAUACUUUCUGACGGCACUGUACAUGCUUCACCACACACUACUACCUAGAUAACUAACACCACUAUGCUCAUACCCACACAUACACACUCACUCAAAAAAAAUAAAAGACAAAAUGUCUGUGUGCUUAACACUAAACAGCAAUUCUCAAAUACACAUAAAAUGUACAGUAGGGCAGUUGGUAAAUGUUGCCUCUAACCACUGAUCCAGGGUCAGAUAUGUUUACAACCCAUCUCUGUAUAGAGGGCAUCUUAUCGAAUAAACUCAGAAAUGGGAAUGUUUGAGUAGUUUGAGUCUUUGUAUUUUUUCUAUUGAUUCUGUUGUUAUUUUCUCCAUUAUCUAGCUGACUCAUUAUCUAGCUGACUGUCACUGUCAAGAUGACUAAUCACUCUCUCUUAUGUUGUGUGUUUCCAGAAGUUCCCACAUUCUUGACACACACUCACUCACCACUGUGUGACUGACAUCUUUUCAUUUGUUUUUGUUUGUUCUCCCUGCAGCUGAAUGCCAACAGGUUUCAGGGUUUGAGCAGUUUUGAGGAUAUCUCAGCCAUUAUCAGCACCCCACCUUUGGGAGGAUACCAGGUAGCCUCAACCCUCCAAAUCUAAUCAGACCUAAAUUAGUCAAGUGACUGACUGAGGGCCCCAUUUUCACAGGCAUAAGAAUGUGGAGAUGGAGCCAACACUGACUGCAUCAUUUUAAAUAUGCGGCACUAAAUUCAAAAUGAGAUUGGCGUAAAUAUUUUAAUUCAAGUGAAUUGUUGCUGUAUUUUUGCGGCCGUUCCAAAAACAGGUUUUGAAAUAAUAUAUUGAGUAAAACGGUCGGUUUUGGUAACUUCUCUGUCAAAAUGAAGCUUCAUAUGUGAGGCUUUGAUCUUCAGAGUCCCUCCUAGAAACACUGCAGGCCAAUGAUCUGAUGUCCAAUCAGGCUCCCAAUUGACAUGAAUUAAUUCACCUUAUGAAUUAACCUAACUAAUUAACAUCAGGACAAGUAACUCUAGGUUAAUUAUGUCCAAUUAGCAAUCUGUCCACCCUUUGACUUGUAACCAUCCACAAAUAUUUAGUUUGUUCAUUUCACCUCACAUCUAUCUUGUUUUGUCUUGUCCAGUUGGUUGAGGAUAUUUUACUGACAUCUCUUCCUCAUCUGCACUGAUCUGAAACGAAAACAGGGGCAUUUGCUUUCACCUGUCCAGUUCUAUUAUAUCAGUGUAGAUGACGAGGAGACCAGUAAUGGACAGGAUAUUAACUAAAUGUCCUAUGUCCCCUUGCUUCUGCAGGCUCAGAGAACCCAGACUCCGGCAGAGGAGGAGGCAGAGGAGGAGGAGGAGGAGACUGAGGAGCUGGGACAUGUAGACACCUACGCCGACUACAAACCAUCCAAAUGUACGCUGCCCUACACUAACCUAUUUAUCCUGUUUUAUUAGUUUCCUUUGUGGAAGGAAUUCUAAUGUUGCAAUAGUAAUAUUUUUCUGUGGUAUUAGUACACAGUUUCCUCAUAAUAAAAGAAUAAUACCAUCUGAUACUGGUAGUUAGUCUGUGAGGGGCUGAGUAAGGUUUUGUCUGUCUAUUCAAUCUUUAAUCUAUUUUGUCCUUCCUCAGCCACCAUAGGGAUCUCCCACCCAGACAAAGUGGUGGAGACCAACACGCUGUCCAGCGUCCCUCCUCCUGACAUCACCUACACUCUGUCCAUUCCUGACUCCACCAUCAACUGUGGCCUGCUCUCUGCCCUGCAGCUAGAGGCCGUCAUCUACGCAUGCCAGGUAACACACCUCUCGAUCACCUCUGACCCCUAACCUCACACAUCUGGUCUGACCGGAACAAGUUCAAGUUUGUUCUUGGGAACUACAGUAUGUGGGUCAUGCAAAAAAGGGUUGUUUAUACAAUGGUUUUAAACAACUGUUUUUGUUGUAUUACCUACUUCAGCUGUGCUUUUGAUAUCUCUCUGUGUAAGACGUUUGUUCAAUGGGAUGCUGUUGUUUUAUUCAUUCCCGGUCUUCAUAAGUGUCUACUAGAUGACUAGAAUGUGAAGUGUUCGUUAGUGUUUCUACUUGAUAGUGCGAGGACACAUGAGUGACACUGUGCUCCCUGUGUGUUCCUAGCAACACGAGGUAAUCCUGCAGAACAACCAGAGAGCAGGCUUCCUGAUAGGAGACGGGGCCGGAGUGGGUAAGGGCCGCACGGUGGCCGGCAUCAUCCUAGAGAAUUACCUAAAAGGAAGGAAGAAAGCAUUAUGGUAAGACACAAGAUUUCUCGUACUAUUACUCCACACAAUACAUUACCCAGCCUAGCUCUGUUUCUCCCUACCUAAUAGGUUUCUCCUACCAUUAUGUAGGUGCGGAUCUCCCUGUCUAACAGAUUUAGAUUGAAUGGUUUUGAUUGUAAAACGUUAGUUGUAGUGGAUAUUGCUUCAGGAAGGGGCCUUUGUGACCUACAUUAGAACCAUCACUGAUAGUCAGUGCUAUUGAUUACUACAAACUCUAAAACAAACCUAUUCAGUUGUGCUCCACAAUUGUUUUGUAAAGAUGCUCUCAUUCUCCUCUUUCCCCACACAGGUUCAGUGUAUCCAAUGACCUGAAAUACGACGCAGAGAGAGAUCUCAAAGACAUAGAUGCUCCCACUAUUCCUGUGCAUGCCUUAAACAAAGUGAGUGUUUAAGGAAAAGCAAACCACACUCCAGAACAAUAUUCAUUCUCAAUCAUUCGUAUCCAUCAGAUAUACUGAAUGUCUUUCCCUGGCGUAACCUGUGAUUGUGUUAUUUCCAUGUAGAUAAAGUAUGGCGACACAGCUACCUCAGAAGGAGUCCUGUUUGCGACAUACUCUGCGCUGAUCGGGGAGAGCCAAGCAGGGGGGCAGCACCGCACCAGACUCAAGCAGAUCCUGGACUGGUGCAAGCCUGGCUUUGAUGGAGUUGUAUCCUUUAUGACCACCAUUACCUGAAGUAUACUGAAUAGUUAGUAUCUAGCUGGCCAUUUUAGAAGAAAGGAAGUCACUGCUCUUCAGACUGGGCCGCUGCAUCCUGACUGCGCUCUGCAGUGUUCUCUUCUUCUGAAGCCCGCGGUGCAGGUGUGUUUGUUCGGGAGAAGAACAUAGUGAUAGGCAGCUGUUGUCGCUCUUUUUUCUUCUUUGCAAAAAGAUCCUUGUACACCGACAUGCCACCAUCGAUUACGUUGGAGAACUGUAAUGAACGGCUCAUCAAAGGGUCCCAUUCCUCAGCUACUCGCUUAAGUUCAGUGGCCAUUCGCACCAUGGUUGCUAAGCGACCAAGCGUUAGUCCUUCCUCCUCAUCUCUCGUGUCCUCUUCUCCCUCUUCUCUUUCAUCGUCGCUUUGUGGCUUUGUCAUUUACCUUCCCUUAGCAUGUCCAGAAGUUUAACUUUAUCUGAGAUAGGUAGCAUCUUCCGCCGUUUGGGCCCAUCCGCAGGUGCUUUUGUCGGUCCAGGCCGUUUCGUCGACAUUAUGGGUUUAGGAGAUGUUCGAAAUUACAAGAUAAUUUGGCCAACUUAAUGUAAAUUUGCCAAGCUGUUUUAUGUACGUACACAUAACUGCACGAGACGACAAAAUGAUAGCACAAUUCGUAGCAUGUUUUGAUACAAGAAGCGGGAGUGAGUUUUUAGCGAAUCAGAAUGCAGAGCACAAUGCACCAAAAAAAAAAAAAAUGCAUUAUGAAAAUCCGCGAAAUAGCGAAUCCGCGAUAAGUGAACCGCGAAGUGGCGAGGGAUCACUGUACUUCAUCUUUUAUCCGCUAAUAAUUACUAACCCCAAACCCUAAAAUAAGAACAUACUUGAUCAAUAGUUUGGAUGAUAUUGCCACUUUUGUCAGUUCUAGCAUGGCAUCUAGCCCAGUAACUAGUGAUAGGGGAGCAUACCUCAAUGUUUACAGUUCACAUUGUAGCUGCAGUACUUUGCCCUUGACUGUGUUCCUAGAUUGUGUUUGACGAAUGCCACAAGGCCAAGAAUGCCACGUCCACCAAGAUGGGCAAGGCCGUGCUGGACCUGCAGCACAACCUGCCGCUGGCCAGGGUGGUUUACGCCAGUGCCACAGGUGGGCCUUUCUCACACUGUACCUGGACCACUGUUUGUUUUCACUUUCACUAUCGCUCCUUCUCACAAUGCCUGUACUUUAGGACUGUUUGUCUACCUGUUCCUAUCUCAGUUUUUCCCUUUUUCAUCUCAUUCAGACUGUAUGUGUCUUGCCUCUUCCUCUCUCUCCCUGUCUUUCUUUACAUUUAUCUGAGUCUCUUAGCUACUCUCUCUCUCUCCCUCCCUCCCUCUCUCUCUCACCCUCUCUUUCUCUCUCUGUAUCAACAUCUCACCCCUGCUUCUCUGUCUCCCUCCAGGUGCCUCUGAGCCAAAGAACAUGAUCUAUAUGAGCCGCCUGGGAAUCUGGGGUGAGGGCACGCCAUUCAAGACCUUCGAUGACUUCCUGCACGCCAUCGAGAAGAGGUCUGACCUUAUUCCACACGUCAUUUACCUGAUUUAUGUCACUGUAUUACCUGUAUCUUAUUAUUCAAAUGUAUAUGAAUAUCUGUUGUGAGAAUGACAUCUCAUAAGGGUGUGGGUACCAGACCGGUCCUGGCUUCCAGGAUUCAGCAUCGCUGACAGGCUGUCUGUGGGUUUGAUUUUUGAUUGACAGGGGUGUGGGGGCCAUGGAGAUUGUUGCCAUGGACAUGAAGGUGAGUGGGAUGUACAUCGCCCGGCAGCUGAGCUUCUCAGGGGUGUCCUUCCGCAUCGAGGAGAUCGGCCUGGAUGACGACUUCAAACUGGUCUACAACAAAGCUGCCAAACUGGUAAGACUAACUUGAUAGUGUGUGCGUGUUGAUUUAAUUUAUUUGCUAUGUUUAUUUGGACAGGGACAAUGUAGAACAAAAACAUAAGUCUCAGAAGUGAGAAGUGAUGCGUUGCAAUGUUGAUACGUUUCAAAACAAGUCAAGACAUGACACAAAGUAAUUUAAAUGAUAGCUGGAAGAGAUGGAGACCCGCACACUGUCGAAAAAGAGGAAUAAAUCCAAAACUGAGGCUUAAAUGUAAAAAUAAAGAUGUUUUAGUGGGACAUCAUGGUGCCCAAAAGCUCACUGUGCAGAAAAGUGCAGAAAUAAGAGGUGAAAACAAAAUACUAAAGUUUUGGCAUCAAGCCAUCAUCAGUGUGAAUGGUGAGCACACAGCCAAGCUUCUAUUUGAGGUGAAUUGCAUAUGUCACAUGAUCUAGUGAGCAAAUCUAUACAUGCAAACAAGUACAUUAAAUUAAUUAAAGUACAUGAGCGGACAGAGAAAUAUCAAAAUGUUUGCUUUUGCAUAUACCAUGUGAACAUUUCCUAUAGAAUAAAUAACACAGGAUUGUAAUGGGUCUAAAAGACCAGAUUGUAGAGUGAUGUCCCAAUAAAACAUCUUUAUUUUUGCAUUUAUGCCUCCGUUUUGGAUUUAUUUCUCUUUUUCAAGAGUGUGCGGGUCUCCAUCAUUUUCACAUUAAAGUCAUUGCACAUAUUGCUGUUGGACCUGAUUUUAAUAUUUGAGUUUUAAAACACAUGAUGAUGUGAGAUUGUCUGUGUAUGUAAAGAGAUGUGUGCAGGAAAACUGACCUAUAUAUGCUUGUCCUCAGUGGGCGGAGGCUCUGGCCGUGUUCAUGCGUGCGGCGGACGAGCUGUGUCUGGUCAGCAGGAAGUCCCUGUGGGGUCAGUUCUGGUCGUCCCACCAGCGCUUCUUCAAAUACCUCUGCAUCGCCGCCAAGGUUCGCUGCCUGGUGGAGCUGGCCAAGAAAGAGCUGGAAGCUGGCAAGGUGAGACUGUUAUGUUCAUUUAUUCAGCCUUUAUUUAACUCUGUACUCAGCCUCUGAUUUGCUUCCAAGAGGUUAGGAGUCACCAUAUAGCUGAACUUGGUAUCCUAAGUGACCUCUAGGUGACCUCCCUGAGGCCAAGGGUCAAUGGCUGUAAAUUCAGCCAUUGAUGGUUUCAAAUGAUCGAGACAUCUAGUAUACAGUGGGGGAAAAAAGUAUUUAGUCAGCCACCAAUUGUGCAAGUUCUCCCACUUAAAAAGAUGAGGCCUGUAAUUUUCAUCAUAGGUACACGUCAACUAUGACAGACAAAUUGAGCAAAAAAAAUCCAGAAAAUCACAUUGUAGGAUUUGUAAUGAAUUUAUUUGCAAAUUAUGGUGGAAAAUAAGUAUUUGGUCACCUACAAACAAGCAAGAUUUCUGGCUCUCACAGACCUGUAACUUCUUCUUUAAGAGGCUCCUCUGUCCUCCACUCGUUACCUGUAUUAAUGGCACCUGUUUGAACUUGUUAUCAGUAUAAAAGACACCUGUCCACAACCUCAAACAGUCACACUCCAAACUCCACUAUGGCCAAGACCAAAGAGCUGUCAAAGGACACCAGAAACAAAAUUGUAGACCUGCACCAGGCUGGGAAGACUGAAUCUUCAAUAGGUAAGCAGCUUGGUUUGAAGAAAUCAACUGUGGGAGCAAUUAUUAGGAAAUGCAAGACAUACAAGACCACUGAUAAUCUCCCUCGAUCUGGGGCUCCACGCAAGAUCUCACCCCGUGGGGUCAAAAUGAUCACAAGAACGGUGAGCAAAAAUCCCAGAACCACACGGGGGGACCUAGUGAAUGACCUGCAGAGAGCUGGGACCAAAGUAACAAAGCCUACCAUCAGUAACACACUACGCCGCCAGGGACUCAAAUCCUGCAGUGCCAGACGUGUCCCCCUGCUUAAGCCAGUACAUGUCCAGGCCCGUCUGAAGUUUGCUAGAGUGCAUUUGGAUGAUCCAGAAGAGGAUUGGGAGAAUGUCAUAUGGUCAGAUGAAACCAAAAUAGAACUUUUUGGUAAAAACUCAACUUGUCGUGUUUGGAGGACAAAGAAUGAUGAGUUGCAUCCAAAGAACACCAUACCUACUGUGAAGCAUGGGGGUGGAAACAUCAUGCUUUGGGGCUGUUUUUCUGCAAAGGGACCAGGACGACUGAUCCGUGUAAAGGAAAGAAUGAAUGGGGCCAUGUAUCGUGAGAUUUUGAGUGAAAACCUCCUUCCAUCAGCAAGGGCAUUGAAGAUGAAACGUGGCUGGGUCUUUCAGCAUGACAAUGAUCCCAAACACACCGCCCGGGCAACGAAGGAGUGGCUUCGUAAGAAGCAUUUCAAGGUCCUGGAGUGGCCUAGCCAGUCUCCAGAUCUCAUCCCCAUAGAAAAUCUUUGGAGGGAGUUGAAAGUCUGUGUUGCCCAGCGACAGCCCCAAAACAUCACUGCUCUAGAGGAGAUCUGCAUGGAGGAAUGGGCCAAAAUACCAGCAACAGUGUGUGAAAACCUUGUGAAGACUUACAGAAAACGUUUGACCUGUGUCAUUGCCAACAAAGGGUAUAUAACAAAGUAUUGAGAAACUUUUGUUAUUGACCAAAUACUUAUUUUCCACCAUCAUUUGCAAAUAAAUUCAUUAAAAAUCCUACAAUGUGAUUUUCUGGAUUUUUUUUUCUCAUUUUGUCUGUCAUAGUUGACGUGUACCUAUGAUGAAAAUUACAGGCCUCUCAUCUUUUUAAGUGGGAGAACUUGCACAAUUGGUGGCUGACUAAAUACUUAUUUUCCCCACUGUAAGGCUCACCCUGACCCAAGUGCUCUCGACAACCUUGAUUAAUGUUUUGAUCAGGGGCCCGGAACACUUGGGGAACGAACAGAUAAGCAAGAGUAUUUAUGCCUGCCUGCCUGCCUGCCUGCUUUCCCUUGAGGAGGUUGGCAGAUUGCUACCAACCUCUCCCCAUAUGCAUCUGUCUAUUGUUUAUCUAUUAAACCUUUAAAUAUAGAAGUCUUAUCUUUGGGUUCAGCAUUUUCCACACCUUGAGCAAAUCAAUUAUUCCUGACAGACUGUCAUUUAGAUGGGAAUCUCUGGCCAAGAGGCAUUAUCACAAUUAUCCAAGCAUUUGAUUGGACAAAGAAAAUGAUAAAGGAAAUAGAGCCAUUUGAAUGUUUUUUCCUGGUUGGUAUGUUUUAGUGUGAUGCUCUGCUCAUGUGUCUUGUUUCUCCCCUCCCCAGUGCAUCGUGAUCGGUCUGCAGUCCACAGGAGAGGCCCGAACCAGAGAGGUCCUGGACGAGAACGAUGGGCACCUGGACAGAUUCGUAUCUGCAGCAGAGUAAGUGUGUGUGUAUCUGUGCCCUUGGCUCUCUGAAGCCUUGGAUAAGUAUAGUAUUAGAGCAAAUUGAUCUUUGGCUCAGCCCUGAUUCAACUCACACACACACCACCACAGCUUCCAUCUAGUGUAACCAGGGCUUUCCAGCCUGACGCGCCUGUGGUUUUCACACACAUAAUUUGUUUGUUGCCGGGUGAAUGACCACUCACUGGUUAGAAAGCACUCCCAUUUGUCACUCUCCAGCUACAGUCAAAGGUUCAGUCUGAACCCUUCACUUUUCUUCCUCAGUACACACUACCUGAGGGUGUAGGGUGAAUCUGCCCUUAGACACUGAUCCAAAGUCGGUUAAGCUGUUUCCCUGAUAAUGGUUAAGGACUAGGAUUUGGGGAGGGUAAGCUGAUCCCAGAUCUGUUCCUGCGGUCAAGUUCAACCGGGAGCAUACCUGGGUAUCAGGCUGGAAAUAAUGCUGUAUGUCUGCCUGCCUGUCUGGACCAUCUGAACCUGGGAGACAUGAAAUGCAUAUGAUGAGGCCAAUCAGAGCUUGUCACUCAUCUCUAUAACCUGUCAGAACUGUCUUGACAUCCCUUCAGCCUUCCACAGUGUCAGAUUGAGAAGAUAACCGUCUGUGUGUCUGGUCUUUUUUCCUCAGGGGUGUGUUCAAAGCUCUGGUACAGAAACACUUUCCCUCAGAGAAGCAGAGGAGAGAGAAGGCACGUGGAAACAAGAGAAAACGUACGUCAACUAAAAUACUAAAAACUGUGUUCCUCUGGUGAGGUGUUUGUUCUGUCUUGUCAAAAAAAAAAAAAUGUGGACUGGCUGCACCACUAUGUAAUAACAUAAAAAACGCUAAAAUCCAAAGGGGGGCACUGAUCCACUCCCCACUGUACUCAGCAGCACCACCUUCUUAACAAAUCCUGGGGAGAACCCUGUAAUGAUAAUAAUAACAACGCUAUUUGUGACCAGAUUUCUUUAUGGGGGCUUAUGUCAAAUUUAAUUGACUUGCCUCGUCAAGUCGGUCUCGUCAUGUACUAUUCAGGUAAAGCCACUGAGCCACAGUCUGAAUCAGCUUGUGUGUGUUCUGUCCACUAGGUAAGCCCAGGGGACGGCAGCCCAAAUUCCCAAAGCACACCAUGGUGCAUCUGGGGGGCGUGAUCAACAUCAGUGACGACAGCAGCACGGACACGGACGGCAUGGACACCGACUCCAACUCCUCGCCAGACUCCCUGAUGGACAACAACGAUGACGUCAUCUUCGUCCAGCACACCAGCUGUCACACAGGUACAAUAUUUUGACUCUCCUUCUGAGGGGAAAAGGGGGUGCAACUCAAUAUUAGGAAGGUGUUCCUAAUGUUUUGUACACUCAGUGUAUGUUCUGCAAUGCACACGUUGUGUUGAAGUCUAGGGACUUGGAGAAGAAGUAUGAUAAAUCAUUGAAGACAAAGAAAAUGACAACAAAGAAACUGAUGGAUUUUAGGUCCACUGUACUCUCUCACACACACAGACAGUAAAAGCACUUAGCAGACAUCUGGGGGCAUUUUACCGUGCCCGCUCCCUUUAUGACUGUCUGACUCUGUUUACAGUCGUUAACAUGCCUCUGUCUGUCUGGGGUUGGUUGGGUUCCUACAGCCAGUAUAGAGAAGAUGAAGCAGGGCCUCCUGAUCAAGAUCGCUGACCUGGGAAAGGAACUACCUCUGAACACUCUGGACGAGCUCAUUGACAAGUUUGGAGGACCAGAGAAGGUCUCGGAGGUACGUACACCUUAUCGGGCUGGAUAGGCGCCACAUAACCUUAUGUCAGAGAGUACAUAGUGGGGGCUCUAUCAGAAAAAUGUGAGAUGAGUACCGGUAUGUUUCCUGUUUAGAGAUUUGUCAUUGAUUGUUCAAUUUUGCUCUGCGGCACUCAUUGACAACCUCUGUUGUAGAUGACGGGUCGUAAGGGUCGCGUGGUGCGGCGUCCUGACGGAAGCGUGCGCUACGAGUCGCGUGCGGAGCAGAGCCAUACCAUAGACCACAUCAACCUCAAGGAGAAGGACCGCUUCAUGUGCGGCGAGAAGGUGAGACACUGGACACUAGAACCAUUCUACAUGUAUCUAUCACCAGUGUCUGUGAGUCGAAGGAUCUCACUCAAACUGUGUUUGUUCUUGCUUAGAAAAUCAUGUUCCUAUGACACUGUAUGUUCUGACGGCAUACGAUGGAAUUAUUCUAUGUUCUGUUUUGCAGUGUUACAGUGGUUUGUUAUAUCUUCCUCUCCUCCAUCCCUCUCUCCUUCCCAGCUGGUGGCCAUCAUCUCGGAGGCGGCCAGCUCGGGCAUCUCCCUGCAGGCAGACAAGCGGGUGAAGAACCAGCAUCGGAGGGUACACAUGACCCUAGAGCUGCCCUGGAGUGCAGACAGAGCCAUCCAGCAGUUUGGUGAGUCUGGAGAGGACCAGGGGUUAAAGGUCAGGGGUCUGUUAGGCUUAAGGCGUCCGCAUGCUUCCCAGCCGAAACGGUUCGGAAGAGUUUAUGCAUAUAUUAUGACAACAUUUUAUGAAGUUUUUGUUCCUUUUGGACUUCGGUAAGGUUUUUUUCGGCUGUUUGGGCAUACAAAAAAAUGUCUCAAAGCAAGCCGAAGUCGGUAGCCGAAGUCGGUAGCCCCUUCGUCUGUGAUUGGUCAACAGUAUGGAUUCUUCAAUUAAGUAUUUGUUGUCAUUCAACGAGAGACAACUUGUUUUCAUGCACUUUUUUUCAUUGAGAAAUACUGCACCAAACAUCUUAGAUGUAAAAUUGCCCGACUAAGAUCUCCUCUGCAAAAACGUCAUAACUCCAGAAAUCUGUCAUUAAUUAAUUAUCUUAGAUAAAUUCUGACUAUUUUGAAGAAGUGUAUACUGGCAUCUCAAAAUGGACAAAGUACUAUUGCUGCUUUUUUCUAGUUUUUAAAGCGAAGGUCUUUUAAGGGAGUAUGCGAGCACACUCGUUCGCGGAGUUCGGCUAGGCGCCAGCUGAACUGAAGCAUGCUGAUGCCUUUAGGGGUCAGGGUUAGGGUCAGAGUUGGACUCUCCUCAAUGCAGGUUACACACACUGUCACACAGACGUCUCUCUUCACACAAUCCACCCUGCUAGAAGUGUUGCACUCUAGCCUGAUGAAAUGUCAUGUCAUUAGUAUCGGCUGCCUCUUCAAAUUGCCUUGCCUAAAGACAGAUUUAAUCAUUUUGAUGUAUAUCAAAUUAAAAUAUAUUUUGUAUUUUUGGACCUAUGGAUGCGAGACAUUUUAAUAAUUGGAAUGAGUUACUUUUAUAAUGGUGUUGCUGUGAAACUUAACUUGGAUGUGGUGCAGUUUUGUCUGGCUGCAGGGAGAGGUGUGUUGGACUAAAUUAGAAUAACAUAAUUAGCCUUAAUCUCCUGUACUGUUUGCUAGAUAUAAUUUCCCACCCAAUAACAACAGUGGAAAAGCGGGCGUGCGCGCGCACCCACACACAUCGUGGGCCGUGAAUGAAUUGUUUGCAGUAAUUAGCUAACUGCCUCAGUAAUUCCUUCCCCGUUAGCCGCACUCCCUUGUGACUUGGGGAGCUGAACUCACUGCAUGGGUUGGCAUGUGUGGGCCUGAUUGACAGACACUGUUUACACUCACAACAGCAACACACACACACAGUUAGGUGGCCUAGGAUUUCCACGUUAAGGUCCAAUUCAGAACUUGGAACUUGAAUGACGGGUUUAGCUGUGGUGGGUGGAAACUUGUACCCGUUCCGAAAUGGACCUGGGGCUUUCACACCCGGACUCGAUAUGCAUACAUUUAUUAUUAAAAUAUUGAGACCCGUUCCUGUAGCUCAGUUGGUAUUUGGUAGAGCAUGGCGCUUGCAACGCCAGGGUUGUGGGUUCGAUUCCCACGGGGGGCCAGUAUGGAAAAUGUAUGCACUCACUAACUGUAAGUCGCUCUGGAUAAGAGCGUCUGCUAAAUGACUAAAUAGACCUGGUCUGAUCCAGAUCCGAUCCGAGUGAGGGAAGCAGCAGACCCGAGCUGGUAAAGAGGGAGAGAGGUGCCGCUCUAGAGGCGGGGAACGGCCGUACUGUGAGCGAUUGGGAGCGAGAGACUGCAACCACCCAAGCAGACUCACACUAUAGUAAACUAAUAGCUGCCAUAGCUACGUUAUUUAUCAUCGAAUAUGAUUACGUAGUACCUGUCUUGACUGCAUCAAACUGGGAGAAGCUAGUUAAACUAGCUAACGUUAGCUAGCUGGGCUAAUUUAGGCUGCAGUGCAUGCGCUUUCUAAUCCUAGUUACAAAUAACAUCUCCAUUCAGAAUAUUAAGUACCAGCCUACCUGUUGGCUCUUGGUCAUUGUAGCCUAUCCUUCUCCUUUAACUUUUAAUUCCGUCAUUUUAAUUCCAUUUUCCAUUGAUUAGAUUUCUCCUAACUUUUGCCACACAUGGAGUGAGGCUCUGUGACUGUAACCUAUUGUCGCUUUGAUGACUCAUGAUUGGCCAACAGCAAGCUACACGCUCCACUCUCGUGAAAAGCAAGAGCAGCAGCAUAAAUUAUAAAAAUGUAUCUCUCUCUAUUGCAGCAGUAGCGUUCGGAUCUGUACGGGCCCUUCUGGAUAUAUCAGUUAAAAUUACACAUACCGGAGACCUGUGACAAUCAUAUCAGAUCCGACCAAGACCUGUGACAUUAUUUAGAAUUGUGGAACCGUCCCGCUUGUGUCCCGGAUCGGGAUUCGGGAAGAGGUGGAUCCGUGAAGACUCAGAGACCGAUUACCCCGGAAAUCCACAUUUGCUGACAUCAUCCUCUGUUCAUUGAAAUCAUCCUACCCCAUAAACCAAUGUCUUAUUUUUCUAGUUUUUCCCUGUUGUACACCACUAUACUGUACAAAAAUAUAAAAAAUAUGAUAUUACUGAGUUACAGUUCAUAUAAGGAAAUCAGUCAAUUGAAAUAAAUAAUAAAUCAAUGGAUUUCACAUAACUGGGCAGGGGCGUAGCCAUGGGUGGGCCUGGGAGGGCAUAGGCCCACCCACUUGGGAGACAGGCCAACCCACUGGGGAGUCAGGCCCAGCCAAUCAGAAUGAGUUUUUCCCUACAAAAUAAGAUUAUUACAGACACAAAUACUCCUCAGUUUCAUCAGCUGUCUGGGUGGCUGGUCUCAGACGAUCCCGCAGGUGAAGAGGCCGGAUGUGGAGGUCCUGGGCUGGCGUGGUUACACGUGGUCUGCAGUUGUGAGGCCGGUUGGACCUACUGCCAAAUUCUCUAAAUGACGUUGGAGGUGGCUUAUGGUAGAGAAAUGAACAUUCAAUUAUCUGGCAACAGCUCUGGUGGACGUUCCUGCAGUCAGCAUGCCAAUUACACACUUCCUCAAAACUUGAGACAUCUGUGGCAUUGUGUUGUGUGACAAAACCGCACAUUUUAGUGGGCUUUUAUUGUCCCUAGCACAAGGUGCACCUGUGUAAUGAUCAUGCUGUUUAAUCAGCUUCUUGAUAUGCCACACCUGUCAGGUGGAUGGAUUAUCUUGGCAAAGGAGAAAUGAUCACUAACAGGGAUGUAAAUCAAUUUGUGCACAUAAUUUGAGAGAAAUAAGCUUUUUGUGCGUAUGGGAUAUUUCUGGGAUCAUUUAUUUCAGCUCAUGAAACAUUGGACCAACACUUUACAUGCUGCGUUUAUAUUUUUGUUCAGUAUAGGUCCUCUGUGUUCUGACUGGUCUUCCUCCUCUGUGUGUGUGGUUCUCCAGGUCGUACCCAUCGCUCUAACCAGGUGACGGCUCCAGAGUACAUCUUCCUCAUCUCUGAGCUGGCCGGGGAAAGACGCUUCGCCUCCAUUGUGGCCAAGAGACUGGAGAGUCUGGUACGUGCUGUUGCAGCCUCCUCUACUAAAGCCUGAUCGAUCUACUAUGGAGUCCCAGAACUCCAUGUGUAAUAAAUCCCACUUUUAUUAGAGUGAGGAUUGAACUGCUGAGUUUAUAACUUGGGGGCAGUCUUUCUCCCCGUAAUCCUAGGGCUUCUGACUCCCCUGUUUACUCCCCCACUGUCCCAGUCCUCACCCCCUGUCUUGACCCUGCUUUGUCCUAUUGACCAGACACUUGCAAGGUCACCUGAUGUCACAAACACCUUUCACACAACAUUUCAAACCCAGGAAAUUCCUCAGAUCCUCCUUUGGUCUGAAUAAUAAGGUUAUCAGACUUUGGAACGCACCCAUGUCUGGGUAGUUAUAUGAGACUGCUAUGAGACAGUUUUCCAUAUUUCAUUGUAAUAUCUUUACCCCAGUCAUUUAUUUGCCUUGUCUAUCAGGAGGGAAGGGGGGAGUUCCAGAAAGUGUGUGUUGUCUCUGCCAGGCCUGUGCGGCAAUCCAGUCUCAGAAUGGGAUACGUCAUGCAGGUGUAGGCCGUCAUUGUAAAUAAGAAUUUGUUCUUAACUGACUUGCCUAGUUAAAUAAAGGUUAAAAAAAUAAUAUAUAUAUAUAUAUAUUACAAAAUUCCCAGGGCCCAGCUUCUCCUCUUCCCCUCCUUCCCAGCCGCUGAAUACCUUUGUGUUUGGCUCCCUCCAGAUCAGCAGUGAUCUCAUAUCUGGCAGAAACAUCCCUUUGUUUUUAUCUCAGAACAUUCCUUUAUGUGGGCACCAGCUAAAGCAGCUGCUGGCUUCAAAUGGACCUUCAGUCACAAUCUGUGCACAGCACUCAAUGUCUUGGCAGUCAUGUCAAUUCACUGCCUCUAUGCUUUACCUGUCUGCUGCAGUUGAGAAAGUUGUGUGUUUGUAGCGGGUGCGUUAUAUCAGUCUGUGACGUAAGGCUGUAAAGCUAACAGUGUUUUGUUCUGGUUUCUGUGUCCAGGGUGCAUUGACCCACGGUGACAGGAGAGCCACAGAGUCCAGAGACCUGAGCAAAUACAACUUCGAAAACAAGGUAAGCGCUGGCUAGAACUAUUACAUGUGAGAUCAUGCUUCCGCUUGUACAGAAGCCCAAUUUGGCAUGACCUGUGAUUAGUUGUGUUGGAGAUUCUGGGGGGAGGGAGCGGUGACCUGACCUGUUUGAUGACUGGUUUUUCUGCUGUGUGUUUCUGCAGUAUGGUACCAAGGCUCUGGAUAAGAUCACCAAAGCCAUCCUGGGCCACAUCGAGAGCAAGGUGUCCCCUCCCAAAGGCUACCCUGGGGGUGAUGCCCUGUUCUUCAGAGGUACAUUGAGUGCAUGUAGAACAUACCCCAAACAUUAUACAAAUCCUGUCCUAUGCAAGUCCUGUCCAAAGCUACAUUGAAAUAAUUAUUGUAUUCCCUGUUUCAGACAUGAAGCAUGGCAUGAUGGAUGUGGGUAUCUUCUGCAAGGAGCCACGCUUUGGUCUCAGUACUGAGAAAGACUGCAGCAUCACCAAGUUCCUCAACAGGAUCCUGGGCCUGGAGGUCCACAAGCAGAACUCUCUGUUCCAGUACUUCACCGACAACUUUGACUACCUGAUCGAAAAGGACAAGAAGGAGGGCAAAUACGACAUGGGCAUCCUAGGUAUGGAGACCAACACUCACACUUCAAACAUGACUGAAUAAAAUGGUGCCCUUUCCAUAGUUUGUAAAGCUAAAGAACUCUCCACACUAUUAGAAUUAAAGGCUGCAUUCUAUUGUAUGUGACUACUAUGCCAUACAGUAUAUACUCCUCUAUAUACCAUUAAAACAAAUCCACCUGCCUACUGCAUUUGGCAUUCCUAGAAUGUCUUUCCAAGAGCAGCAACAUGGUUUGGGAUGGUACAGAGUCUCUGUAUAGAGAUGCUAGAUAUGUCUCCUGACUAGAACUACGUGUCAUGUCCUGUCCUGUCUGUUCUGUCCUGUCUGUCAGAUCUGGCCCCAGGUAACGAUGAGAUCUACGAGGAGAAGCAAGAGACCUUCAUGACAGUGGGAAACCCCCAGGACGGACAGGUUGUGCUCUACAAGGUACUCCCAUUGUACACUGGUACAUUAUUAAUGUACAAUUUGAUUAUCUAGCUAUAUUUGACAGUGGCACCUCAUAUAGAUUUGCAUGUUGAUUUUUGUUUUGUAACUAAAUGAGUGCCGCUGUUUGGGUCGGUUCUCUGGUCUGAAAAAUAUACUUAAAAUCUCAACAAGACUAAACCUAGUGAUUAUAUAUUUUAAAAAAUGUCCCACCAUUGCCGCGAGACAACGAGAGCAGUGUUUCCUGCAAACACAACCAGAGAGGUGAUAUACUGUACUCGACAGAUUUAUCCUCCACUUUGUUAUUCUGUACUCUGACUCCUGGAUGCAGUUAUUAGUGCUGAGCGAUUAACCAACAUUUCGGGGGGAUUUAGGUUAUUUAACAACUAAUUGACCGACAUCGGAUCACUUUUUUUUGUGAGCCCAACGUGCCGUUUCUCUAGAGAGAAAUCAAAUAAUUCACUGAAGAAAUCAAGUCAAGAACUAUUUGGGACGCUGGGCUGAAGGGAGUUGUAGUCUUCAUUAAGCAAAUAUUCAACCUAGUUUAGCGCAGAAACAUGGUAAUGAACUACAUUGACCAUAAUCCAUUGCCCAGUUCUUUGCGGCUCGGACAGAGGAUACACUUUUACUCCUGCUACGUAAGAUAAACACAGACUGCAUGAGAGAGUAAUGUACACAACACAACGACGAGAGGGAUAGACAGUUUGUGAGAAUGCCUUAGCUACUUUGAAGAACUAGUCAAAUGAUUUCGUCAGACAGCUCUGCAGCAUACUUGGGCAGGCUAGCCUAGCUAAAAGGAUGACUGAAGACAGUAUAGCACAGUCAAACUCAUUCAACGGAGGGCUGAGUGUCUGCGGGUUUUCGCUCCUUCCUUGUACUUGAUUGAUGAAUUAAGGUCACUAAUUAGUAAGGAACUCCCCACACCUGGUUGUCUAAGGCUUAAUUGAAAGGGGGGAAAAAACUUAGACACUAGGGCCCUCCAUGGAAUGAGUUUGACACCUGCAGUGCAGUAUGGGGAGCAAAGAGAUAACGUUAGAUGGUCUGGCUGGCUGCUACUGCCUGAGCAGAGAUGAGAUGAUCACUUUAAGGAAUUAAAAAUAAUAAAGUCAUCAAAUAAAAACUAAGUAAUUUCCUAUUUUUCUAUUGAUGGCUACCCAAUAUGGACCUGACAGAGAGAAUGGAAUAUUUUCAAUGUUUUGGCAAUUGAAUGUUCACUAUUUCUUGGCUUUGGAAUUUCCUUAAAACAUCUCUAAAAUCAUUUUAAUGUAAUUAUUUCAUAAUGCAUUUAAAAAAUAGUCGAAAUACACCGACACAUUGGUACGGCUGGCCUUUGGGUUAAGCGAGCAGUGUGUCAAGAAGCAGUGAGGCUUGGCAGGGUCGUGUUUCGGAGGACUCAUUGCUCUCGACCUUCGCCUCUCCCGAGUCCGUACGGGAGUUGAAGCGAUGGGUCAAGACUGUAACUAUCAAUUGGAUAUCACGAAAUUGGGGUAAAAAGUACAAAAAUAAUAAUACAAAAAAAUAAAUAGUCGAAAUCGAAAACCGCAAAAAAGAAUCGAACCGACACCGAACCAACCUCAAAAAGCAUGAAUCGCUCAGCACAAGCAGGUAUGCCGAGAUUUAAAGUGUUGGCAUUUCAUCUGCAUGUGGUUGGAUGGUGAGCAUCACAUUUAGCCAGAGGGAGGGAGAGUAGCAGAACGCUGAAAAAUGAUAAUUACUGGUAUCUCCAGCUCCCUGCCUUGCCUGGCCGUCACUGCAGGCGAACCUAGAGUUUACAUUUCAAACCAACACAACCAGGACCGGUUUAGCAGGUGUAGACUUCCAACUCAUGCCAACCCCCUGGCUGGCCUCUGAGCCCCUGAUACAAAGAGCUGUGUGUGUGUGUGCCCGCACAGAUUUCCGCAUGUGUGUUGGGAAUGUUGAAUCGUGCCAACAGUGGGUAUUCGCUGCAUAGUGUCCUCCCAUAGGGCAGCUAUUCUGACCUCUAACCGUUAACCCUUGUCCUCUGCAUGUCACCCCUAUAGAUCAGCGUGGACAGAGGGAUGCCGUGGGAGGAGGCCUAUGAGAAGGUCCAGAACCUCAACAGUCCUGACGAGGGUUUCUACCUCUCUCACAAGGUGAGUCUAGCUGGCUAUCGUAGAGCAGAGAGACGCUCUGCAUGUCUCAGCACGCACACAGACGCACCAGGAAGCCUGUGAUACUGUGAGUACCUGUACCUCCCCAGGGCUCAAGCAGAGCUAGAACAGCUUCCAGACUGUCUGUUUCCCAGAGGUGAAUGACAGUUCAGAAGGGUCCAGGUGCCUCUGUUCUAUUCUCUGUUCUCUGGUGUGGCUCUUUCAUCGCACAUCAAGGGAGUAUAAUGAAGUGUGCAUGUUGUGAACCUAAAGGAGAAAAAUAACUAGGAUUUGAUUCAGUAUUAAUUGUAGUGCCUAGAAUGAACACUAUACACAGCCUCUUCCUUCCUGAUGUUGUUUUCUUCAUUAUACUGUAGUUACAUUCACUUGGUUCAUAAUACAAUUCAACAAUGAAAUGACAGUCUUCUAUAGUCCCUCCAGGCAAACACUUACCCACUGCCAGGUUCCCAGUUGAACUCACUAUAAAUCUUCUGCCUCUUUCUUGAUUUGAUUUAUUUGUGGUUUAAAACAAUUGUACAGAUGGAGUUCAAUUGUGGCCAGAGGAAAACACAUGAAAGUAUUUUACAGAACUUUAAAGUCAUUUCCAUCUCCUAUGUGUUCCUCAGUUGCGGGGGAACCACCCGUGUGUGCUGUUGGCGGAGCAGGGCCGAGGGAGGAACCUUAUUGUCUACAAGCCCAACAUUGGCAAGCAGGCCCACCCAGAGAGCCUGGACAACCUCCAACUACGCUACCGCAAGGUAGGGCUCCAGUCUGACACAGACGGAUAGAAGUCUGUUGUUUGGCAGAAGGAACAGCUAUAGUGUCCAUUGACAUGCACACAAUACAAGGAUUCCACUCGCAUGGCAACAAUAUUUGUCUUUGUUCUUUGCCAGGAAAUGUUUGUUGUGGUGUAUGCUGCCCUCUAGUGGAAUAAACAGUAGUGAAACAGGAAGUACAGUCCUGCGUAUUGUCUAAGGUCCAAUAUAAAAACGAGUGCUCAACACUUUAACAUAAGACUGUGUUGUGUUCCCGUCCUAGGUGACCUCAAACCAAGCCAAGGACAGCUGGGAGAGCCAGUUCAACUUUUCCUUUGGGAAAUGUAGCCAUGCUAACUGGAACGGGAAGUGUAAGAAGAUCGAGGAGGGUCAGGAGUGUCUGCAGGGCAUGCGUCUGCGCCAGUACCACAUGCUGUGUGGUGCGCUGCUGCGCGUCUGGAAGCGCGUGGCCGACGUGGUUUCUGACAUCACCUGCUCCAGCAUCCUUCAGAUCGUACGCCUAAAAACCAAAAAUAGUAACAAGCAAGUCGGUGAGUACUAAACAUCUCCAUAUAACCCACACACACACACACACCAUCACCAAAGUGUGGUUCUGUGAAAGGAAAUCAGAGGGAAUGUCUUGACAAAUUAGUAUUUCGAAUGUAAACCUAAUACCCUCUCUUUCUCCCCUAGGUAUCAAGAUCCCAGAGAACUGCGUGGCCCGAGUGCGUGAGGAACUUCUCAAAAUGGACGAGGAGGUGAAGAGGAGGCGCAAGGAGAAGGAGCAGCAGCGCGCCCAGGAGCAGCGGCUAGCCGAGGAGCGGCAGCUUCAGAACCAACACCUGCUGGCCAAGCUUUACAGCCAGACACAGACCCUGAACCAGAGCCUCAAGAACCAGAACUUGUCGCAGAGCCUCAGCCAGUGCCUCAAGACCCAGAGCCUGGCCCAGGCCAAGCCUCUACACGUCAAGCCUCUAUUCCAGCCCAAACCUUCACAGCUCAAACCCCAGCUCAGCCCAGUCAACCAGCUCCCCAGCAUGGCCAGCCUCACCUCCCACUUCUCCCACUAUCCCCACCACUUCCCCUCCCUGCCCCUCUUGCAACCCGCCCCCUCCUCCACCUCCAAGCCCCCUCGGACCGGGGAGGAGGUCUUAGACCUGACGGUGAGCCCCUCUCCCUCCCCAGACAGCACGGAAGGAGGCCUGGUCCUCGACUGCCUGACGGGGGGAUCCGUGGGGAGCUUUGGAGAGGACUUUGGCCUGGAGUCUCUGAUAUCGCUGAGCGCGCUCGCCGCCCAGAACACUGCACACAAACUGCAGCAACCUCUACAGCCACUGCCACCACUGACAAAGCCACAGCAGCUACAGUCGUCACAGCAGAUACAACCACAGCUACAGUUGUCACAGCAGAUACAACCACAGCUACAGUCGUCACAGCAGAUACAACCACAGCUACAGUCGUCACAGCAGAUACAACCACAGCUACAGUCGUCACAGCAGAUACAACCACAGCUACAGUCGUCACAGCAGAUACAACCACAGCUACAGUCGUCACAGCAGAUACAACCACAGCUACAGCAGCGGUUGGACAGUCCGACUCUAAUCAACAGCGCCCAUCAGGACUACUAUGACAUCCUCAACCUGCUGGACGAUCCAGACCAUCUACCUUACUCUCUGUCCAGCCAGACAACUACUAACCCCUCCUCUUCCUCCAACACAGUGGCUCAAGUCUCGUCUGGCCUCCUCUCUUCCCCCUCUACCCCCUCCUCCUCUCUCUUCACCUCUUCGGCCCUGGCCCCCUCAGAACAGCAGCCACUCCCUCUGGCCAACGGCCACUGCAGCACGGACGCCCUCAUCAAUGUGCGCGAGGUACUGGACAACAUGCUACGGACCAGCGCAGACCGGCAGUCGGUUAUCCAUUACCGGCUGCAUGAAUGGGACUCUGUGUAA